AAACGAUUAAAAGGGCAGCAGUUCUGCGGGGGGGGUGGGGGGGAAUCUAAUUUGCGCUGAUGGAGGACAACUAGAGGAUAUAUUUGGGCCUCCUGAGCACGUGCAAAGUGGAUUUCUCUCACUAUUGGAAAAACUACAUCCAGCUACACAUACACACACGUGUCUGGGGAUUAGACAUUUUUUUGGAUCUAAAAAAGAAUAACCAGCAGGAUCAGUCGGUAGAAAUCAGGGCGGUAAUAUCCAGCACAAAAAAGAUGUGUCCCCCCCCCAAAAAAGCCUUCCUGCAAGUCACGUCUUUCGAACAAGAAGCUCUUUAACCCCUAAUCUCAGAGAGGCGUGAGCUGAGCUGUAGUUAGCAGUGAAGGGAAAGUACUCUGCACGUGGCUAGAGGCACUGUCUUCUUCAUCGGUUAUCCGCAGCGCUGCACAAAGACUGUCGAGCUCUCCUUGCGAUCCUUUCACGGUGUCCUAAGUGGCCUCUCCUCCUCGGCCACCCCCAGACAUUUAGCUUUAUAUUUAUUUGUCUGUUUCCCCCAGCCGGUGGUUGCAGCGCCAUCAAGCAGCUGGACUGCAUUGCUGGAAGCUCCAGCAGGCGGAGCUCGCGACUCGCUUUUUUGCCCAGCCGGAAUCAGUAAGCGGGGGACGGAGCGCCCGGGUUUGUUUCGCUGCGCGCGGGCCUUGUUGCGGGCUGCGGCCAGGACAAGCAAAGAACCAAGGCGCCUGGAAGGGGUGGGGAGAGAACCGGCCAGGUUACAUUUGCUUUACAAAGUGGCAAAGCAUCUUAGUUCACCGAAAAGGCAUCUUCUUGAAUAGUGUGGUUGGCUGUGCUGCACACAGGCGCCAUGGGGGAUCUAGGCCUGGGCCGGGAGUUCCACACUUGGCACCAGUUCAGCACGUUCUUUGACGACUGGUGCGAGAAGCACAAGGUGCUAUUCAUCAUCGCCAGCCUGAAGCCGCUGAUCUCGCUGCGCCAGAACCCGAUACACUAUCAGCCCACUCUGGCAGAGACGCUCCGCUUCCGUUUUGUGCGUCUCGUCUGUAAGCACAGCGGAACCUACGUGGGGCAGAGCACGGUGCAACGCAACCGCCUCAGUGAGAAGAUCGACUGCCCAGCCUCCAUCACUCUGCGCCUGGGCCCCAAGAAGGACCGCUUGGUGGUGAUUGAGGCCAACCUGGAGCACAACCACCGUCUGUCAGAGCUGGAGUUUGCCCGCCACUUCAAACGGCAGCAGCUGAGGGCCAGCAUGGGGCUACCUAUCCGCAUCACCAACACCAUUUCCAAACGCUUCCUGGCACCUGACCUUAUCGGGACCCUGGAAGACUACAGCAAAGCCAAAGACAAGGGCAUGUGUGAGCUCCUGGCUGUUCUGGAUGGGCUCUUCAAGAGAGAUCCCGGUGCCAAAGUCAAACUGGUGUUCCAGGAGGACGUGGCUGUCCUCAACAGCAUCUUCCUGGUCACCUCCCGCAUGUGCGAACUGGUGCAGCGUUUCCCCGCCCGGCUUUUCCUGGAACGAGCAGCCUGCCUGGAUGCAGACUUUGAGCUCUAUACAGUCCUGUGCCAGGAUGCCAAUGGGCGUGGGCGCGAGGUGGCCUACUGCCUGGCACGCCAGGGGCUGCCCAACUUCCUCCUCUUUAUUGUGGCUUCCCUGGUGCAGAGCGCCCCAGACAUCAAGUUGCGGGUGAAGGUGGUGACCGUAGGGGCUGGCGUGACGGGGCUGGACGCGGUGGAGGAGGUGCUGCCCUGCGCCCGGGUGCAGAUCUGCCGCCUGCAGGUCUUGGAGGCCCUCUACCUCAAGGCCUGCGAACUGGCUGUGCCCAAGGAGGACCAGAUCCGCAAUCUGCUGCUCAACCUGGCUAAUGCUGACUCGCCACGGGUCUACAGCCAGUACUUGAGCGACCUUGAAGAUGUGGCGCCACUCUCCUUCCUGCAGUACUUCUUGGAGCACUGGCACCCCCACAAAGGAAUGUGGGUAGAGUGCUGGGCUUUUGAGAAAAACCAGGAGUGCUCCUUCCUCGACCACCUGAGCACCCACCGCCGUAAACUGCUGACAGUGCUCAGUACCCCCGUGGCACUGCCUGCCUGUGUCCAGGGCCUGCUAGACCUCCAGGCUCUGCACGUGGAGACUUCCACGUUCAACGUGGCACCUGUGACUGAGCUGUACCACACCGCCUGCCUGCCUGACAGCACCAGCCUGGUGGCUGAGGAACUGGACCUGGUGCCCCAUGCCUACUACGAGCUCAAGGACACACCUGAUGGGUACCUCCUGGAGGGGAGCACCUGCUCUUUUCUGGUGAGCCACGAUCUGGCCACUUGCAGCUGCUCCAUCUACGUGGCUCACCAGCUGCCCUGCCGGCACAUCUUUGCCGCACGCCUUUGGGCUGGAGAGCCUCUUUUUGAUCCCAGCCUGCUGCCCAGCUUUCCAAAUGGGCAUCAGGACAUCAUAGGGCAGGAUGAAUGUUAGCUGUGGUACUCAUUGAACCAGACGCCAGCCUAUGAAGAUACCAUGUGCAUUGAAUGGCAGUAUGCAGGCCUGGCAGCCACCUCAGUCAUUGCCAGUCAGGUACAAGGGUCUCUGUACUGCCACACAUACCUUGAGUGAGAGUGAUCUGGUCUGGGGCACUAGACAAGAGCCCACCUCUAUGCCCAGGGUUUGGUGGCUGCUGAAAAAAUAUCACAUGGACACAGCCAGGGUCUGGGACAGGCAUUCUGUGAGCCAUCACCGUGAUGCCAGGGCUGAGAAAAGGGAACAGAAGGAAGUACCGUUGAAAGGGCAGUGUCUAGACGUCACUCACGCACAUCUCAUGGGGUUCGAUCAGAACUCGCUGAAUAACUUGCAAGCAGUUGCUGUGGAGUUUUAGACUUGGAAGCUAGUUUGUUCUGCAAAUGAAAGCACAAAAUCCUGCAACUGGGAGAACAGAUUUCUGCUGGGUUUUUUGUGAGCAGAGUAAAUAGGACCAUGUACACUCUGCCUUAAAUAAACAUCUAUCUGUAAUAAGGUAGCCCAAAUUUUAUUCUUAAGACUGGAUUUUUUAAACCUGUAUCCAUUAUGCAGCAUGCAGCACAAUCCUGGUUAGAAUUAGAAAUAGAAUGCAGCAGUUGAAAUCAGGUUAUGCUUAGGUGUGCCUAACUUUGCAUAGGGUCAAGUUGUUAAGCAUAAUUGUUUGUUCUGUAUCAUUUAUUUUGCUACUAGUUACAGGAAGGAGCAGAGAGCUAAGCAAGGAGCUGAAAGCCCAUCUUGAUUGAUUGAUUGAUUGAUUGAGUGCCGUCAAGUUGGUGUCGACUUUUAGGGACCACACAGAUGAUUCUCUCCAGGAUGAUCGGUCUUCAACUUGGCCUUUAAGGUCUCAGUGGUACAUUCACUGCUGUGGUAAUCAAGUCCAUCCACCUUGCUGCUGGUUGUCCUCUUCUUCUCUUACCUUCAACUUUGCCCAGCAUUAUGGACUUCUCAAGGGAGCUGGGUCUUCUUCGCAUAAUGUGUCCAAAGUAUGAUAUUUUUAGCCUGGUCAUUUGUGCCUUGAGCAAAACUACCAUUUGUUUGUUUUUCCUGGCUGUCCAUGGUAUCCUCAAAAGUCUUCUCCAGCACCAAAGUUAAAAAGCAUAAAUACUUUUUCUGUCUUGCUUCUUCAAAGUCCAGCUUUUGCAUCCAUAGAGGGUCAUGUGGGAAAGCAUUGUCCGAACGAUUCUAAUCUUUGUAGGUAUAGACACGUCACGGCACCUAAAUAGCCUUUCCAAGGCCUUCCUAUUCCUUGGAAAUCUUGUUCAACUUUCUUUAUUUUCCUAAGCUUCUGAGGAAGUGCCCACACACUCCAGACAUUAGUUCCAGGCCCCAUAUCAAUUUCGGCACAUGUAGAAUAUACACAGUUCUAGAAAUAAGCAAUGCGCACAACAUUAUGCUGUUUGAUUCUCUGACCUAAUAAACCCACCCGUUGUUGACUUGUUUAAUUGUUAA